AUGAACCUAGAUACUUUACCACGUGGAAUCGUCACCCGUUGCUUUUCUUACUUGAGUGCUGAACUUCUCACCAACAUAAUAUUAUUGGAGAGCAUUCCUGAUAAUAUCGUCCAAGCUGCAGCUGAAAACCUUUAUAAUUUAUGGUAUUCAGAUCGAAUUCGAGGGUUCGAAAGGGAAAUGGUUGAAUGUUCUGACGCCAAAGCAUACUAUGAAACUGAUUUCGACCGGUUCUUACGAAUACACAAAACUCUUGCAAAAAAGUCAUUCAAAUGUCCUCUAUUAUUCCAUUAUACAUGGAACAAUAUUUUUGAAAUGCACCAAGACCUUGAUGAAAUAUAUCCGGUUUACAACGGCCAGAAAUUAGGCAUCCAUGCUGACAUCGAAGACGAAGCGUUUCAAAUCUAUCCUAUUUUUCCAAGUUCUGAUAUCAAUCUCAAGACUAAUUACCUUUCAUUGAGGGAUUUUUCGGAAUGUUGUAUCGAUUGA